AUGGACCGCAGCGGGAACGAGACCAUCCCCGAUUACUGGCUCGACAAGGGACUGAAUACGGAAGUUCUUGAUCGAUGGUACACCGUUUUGUCAAUCCUGGUCAUUUCUCUGAUAAUUCUUGCGAUCGCUAACUACUUCUUCACAUGGCUGGUACGAAGAAGGAUUAGUCCGUUGAAAUUGAUUGGAGAAGCUCCCUUGUCAAAACUGGAAACAUACGCUCAAGCUUGCAAACUUGGCCAAGAACCUACGAUUAACUUUGUCUCCUCCGUUCUCAUUACGAACGAUAGAGUUUACAUUGUCAUGCGAUUGAUUGUUGCUAUUUGGUCGCUUUUCCUAACUUAUGCUACUUUGGAAUGGGAAGGAAUUAGAGUUAUCGUUGCUGGCUUGUAUUAUCCAACAGUUGUAUCCCUUACUAUUUACAUCAAUUUCAAUCGAGAACUCAUCGUCGACGGAUUUGGAAAAAAAGCUCAAAUGAUCAAUAAAUUUUUGUCGUUUUUGUUCAACGUCACGACAGCAAUGGACCUUCUUGUCGGGAUAUUUUGGUGGACAAAGUGCUUUGGUGCUGGACUUCGCUACCGAGACAUGCCUCGACCGCUUCCCAUUUUGAAUCCGAUCGUCAUUUUCAACAAAGAAUUUGCUCCGAUUCUUUUUAUGCUUGUCGAGUUGCUUUGGUUCGAUACGACUGUUUUUUACGCUGGAUUUUGGGGACCAAUCAUUGCUGGAAAUUUGUCAAGUCUUGCGAUCAUAAAUGGCCGAUCAAGAAAAGAACUUCCUCAAGCUCUAGCUGUGCCUCUAACUCAUCCAGCGAGCUCCUUGGUCAGGCUGUUCGUCUUUACAUUGAUAUACCCAUUGCUUCACGCGGCGCUCGCUACAUUUUGCUUUCUGAAAACUGUGGUAUUCAAGAAGAUUCCUACUCUUGCUGCACGACUUGAAAUUCGACAGAAAUGCGUUGCUAAUUUCCGAAAACGACAAGCCUUCGACCGAUAUUUCAAUACCCGUGGAAAAGAAGGAAGAAGAUCUGCUGCAGCAAAGGAAGCGUACAAAAAUCUUGGAAGAGCUUCGUACAGAGAAUCAAGAAGAACCGUCACAAGAGAACUCUGA